AUGUCAAGGCAGCCAACAUUGGAAAUCCUUAGAAUUGGGUCACGUGUAGAUCUGCGUCGUCUCCGCCUCCACGCGGAUUUGCUUGAUUCACGCGAGCAACCGGACAAUUGCCCCAGAUACAGUGCUUUGAGUUAUCCUCGAGGAGAACCAUACUCAAGCACCCUUUCGAUUCAAGUUUGCGUCUCUCGAUCCUUCGCCAUCUGCCCCCUUUCCAGACCAUUCAGCUCUCCUCGCAUUCGCUUCACCAAACGACCCUCGUCUGUGAGCUUACACACACCGCGCAUAGCAAUGGUAUCACUAUUCGGCUGGGGCUCAAGCCCAAAGCCCGAGUCAAGCCAGCCAACACCUCCUCAAGAGAAGCCGACCCCUGAUGAAUCUGCAACUCCAGCACCAUCAACACAAACACAAAUAGCACAACCACCCUCGCCCCAAACAAAUACAAACCUCAAACUCCUCUUCGGAGGAAUGACUUUCUUCGCGCUCUCGGUAUUAGUCACACGGCGCGCCUUCCAUAAGAAACGCAUUUCCUGCAUCCCGCCGUUCUACACAAGCUCGGUGUACCACCAGCCGCACUCGAACUCCGCGGGCGAUGCGUUCGAGGCUCUGAAUUUGGCUACUCUCAAUGUACUCUCGUUUGGAUUGAUGGCCGGCGGUGCGGUCGGGUAUGCUUUGAAUAUUAAUGGACUUGAGGAUAUGCGGAGAUUCGUGCGGAAUGGGUUGCAGGGUGGUAGUGAUACGCCCGUGAAGAGUGAUGAAGAGCUUGAGCAGGAAGUUACCGAGUGGGUUUCUAAGAUUCUCGGUGAUAAGUUUGAGAAGCAAUUGGAAAAGGAGAAGAUGAAGAGGGCGUUCCGGCAGGAUAAGGUGGAUCAGGAUACUAAAGAGAACUGA